AUGGUCAGCUCCUGUUGCGGCUCCAUCUGCUCUGACCAGGGCUGUGGCCAAGGUCUCCGCCAGGAGGACUGCUGCCGGCCCAGCUGCUGCCAGACUGCCUGCUGUCACCCCAGCUGUCGUGAGACCUGCUGCCAGCCCAGCUGCUGCCAGACCACCUGCUGCAGGACCACCUGCUGCCGCCCCAGCUGCAGUGUGUCCAGCUGCUGCCGGCCGGUCUGCUGCCAGACCACCUGCCGCCCCAGCUGCGGCGUGUCCAGCUGCUGCCGGCGGGUCUGCUGCCAGACCACCUGCCGCCCCAGCUGCGGCGUGUCCAGCUGCUGCCGCCCCGUCUGCUGCCAGACCACCUGCCGCCCCAGCUGCGGCGUGUCCAGCUGCUGCCGCCCGGUCUGCUGCCAGAACACCUGCCGCCCCAGCUGCGGCGUGUCCAGCUGCUGCCGGCCGGUCUGCUGCCAGACCACCUGCCGCCCCAACUGCGGCGUGUCCAGCUGCUGCCGCCCCGUCUGCUGCCAGACCACCUGCCGCCCCAGCUGCGGCGUGUCCGGCUGCUGCCGCCCCGUCUGUUGCCAAACCACCUGCUGCCAUACAACUUGCUGUCGCCCCAGCUGUGGUGGAUCCUUUUGCUGAAAUCAACCAUGAACCAGUCACUAUCACAUUAGUGUGGACAUGUCAUUCAUUUUAAAUUUUCCUUGUUUUAAAUGAUCACCAGCUUUAGUACCCUGUGGUACCACUAAGCCACAAGCAAAAGGGCCCCCAUUCUGCAUUCAGGACCAUUCUUGUUCCGCACAGAUCUCUUCCCUGCAUCUAACCUCAUGUGCAUGAUGCACUAUAACUAAACCUCCAAAUAUCUGACUAUUACACUUGCCUUGACCUUCUCAAUCAUGUUAACUAUUUCUAAAUAACAGUAUCUUGAUGUAAUAAAUUCAUGUAUUCUUCUUUAGUUA